AGAGAUCACAAGCUUACGACAUGGAUCGCACUUUUUUUUUCCUGCUAAAAUGCUAAAAUCUAGCCAAGGUGAAUCUCCUACUGCGCCAUUUGUAUUUAAUUUCUGUUCCUUCUUAUUUCAACGGUCCUGAUUAUUAAAAUCUUCAUGGGAAGAACAGUUUGAUUCCAGCCAACGGCUAAAACUCGAGGCCCCAGAUAUUCGCAGUUAUUGCCGCCCACUGUGUACGAAUCUUGAGUUCUUUAUACUUGUCUGGAAUGGGUUUGUUCGAGACAUUUUAAUUUGAGGGAACUGAGUUCGAUGUUUUGUAUAAGAUAUUGACUUCCUUCCAUCUUGGAUGGAAAUCCCCAAUUACCAAAACCCCAUACCCAAAGAAGAGAAGUUUCAAGUUUGUGUUGAUCUUCAACUUCAAUGGCUAAGCAUCGUGAUCAUGUGGAUAUUGACGAUCCUGAAGCCCAUCUUCCACUUCUUGAUUCUAAUCAGAAUCAGAGUUCACAAACCACAAGGCGAGAAGAAGACGGUGAAGAAGCCCAUUUGGACAGUGCUCUCAAACUGUUCGACACAUUGCUUGGCUUUUUGGGCUUCCACCAAUCCUCUGUUUUGAGCUGUGUUUUGUCUUGGUCUGGUUUUGUUCUUGUCGGUAUUGUUCUGCCUGUUGUUAUGCUGCAGCUCACAGAUUGCGCCGCCUGCAAGCAGCACCAGAUUAAGGAUUUUGAGCUUGACAUAGUUGCCUCCCAAGCUUGUCUCGCAGCUGUGUCUCUGCUCUGUCUUUCUCACAACCUCAGAAAAUAUGGUAUAAAGAGGUUCCUCAGUGUUGAUAGGCAGAUCAGCUCUUUGGCUGGGUUUCGCAAAGACUAUGUCAAGAAGAUACGGGGUUCAAUACGUUUGCUUGUCUUCUGGGCACUGCCAUGUUUCAUUUUGAAGGCUGCUCGAGAGGUAAUUCGAAUACUAUAUGCGGAGCGUGUAUCGUGGGGUGUAUCGGUUGCUAUCUUACUGGCUAUGACCAUAUCCUGGACUUAUCUGAGCUUGAUCUCUCUGUCCGCCGCCAUUGUGUUUCAUCUGAUGUGUAAUUUACAAGUCAUCCACUUUGAUAACUAUGCAAAGCUCCUGCAGACAGAGUCUGAAGUUUUGUUGCUAAUUGAGGAGCAUAUUUUCCUACGCUAUCAUUUGUCCAAGAUAAGCCACAGAUUCAGAAUCUUUCUUCUUCUAGACUUCUUGGUUGUGACUGCAAGCCAGUUUAUGACUCUAUUCCAGACCACAAGAUAUAGUGCAAUGGUUACCCUCAUAAAUAGUGGUGAUUUUGCAGUAUCUGCAAUUGUUCAAGUGGUUGGAGUGAUUCUUUGCUUGCAUGGAGCAACGAAGAUUUCCCACAGAGCCCAAGGAAUUGCAUCAGUAGCAAGUAGAUGGCAUGCUUUAGUGACUUGUGGUCCAGGUGAUGUAUCUCAAACUCGACAUCCGAACGGGGACGGGAACUCGGAAUCUCCUAAAAGACUGAACUCAAUGACAUGUGCUUACUCUGAAAGUGAUUUGGAGUCUUUGGAUAUUGUUACAAUGCCUACAACCACACAGCUAGCUUCUUAUAUGUCCUCCUAUCAUAAAAGAGAAGCAUUUGUGAUGUAUUUGCAGAUGAAUCCAGGGGGAAUCACCAUUUUUGGGUGGACAGUUAACAGAGCUCUGCUGAACACUAUAUUUUUUAUUGAACUCACGCUGGUCACCUUUGUGCUUGGGAAGACUUUAGUUUUCACGUGAAGUAUCAGAAAGUUGAGUUAGCUGCCCAAUCGGUUAUGUUUGUUUGUAAAGCCCUUCAAAUAUCCUACUAAUGCCUUGCUUACUUGUAAAACAGUUCAUUGUCUUGAGCAAUGUUGUUUUUGGGCAU